AUGUCGUCGGCUCUGUUUUCAGAAAAUGAUCGAUUUAUUAUGUUAUUACCACGGAAAAAUCGCAUUACGAGCGUCACUGCGGAACAAAAACGUGCAUUAGACGUCAUUCAAUUGUUCGUUAAAUUAUUUCCUCGAAUACAAAGUCUUUCAAUUGAUAUAAUGCUCAAAGAUGUGAAAUCAAUAUUCGAACUUCUAUCGAAUGAAAACGUUCCGAAUCUACUUUUACUAUAUUUCAACUUCGCAAGUAAAGCAUGUUUUCCACAGUUGAAUGGUUUAAUUGCUUCUAAAGUCUUACCUUCUGAUUAUAAAGUGGUGCGUGUUGAUGAAAAACUGUAUUUAUGGUGA